UCUCUUUCAAUAUCAGUUGCAAUCUUCUUCUCAAUAGUUACACUUCCUUAAACUCAUCUAUCCAAAAAUGAAAUUAUUCACCUCUUGUUUGGUACUGUGUGCCAUUCUUGGUCUAUCACAGGCUCAAUUCCAAGACUCUCCUGCUGUAGCUGCAGCAAAAGCAGCUCACUUUGAAGCUGUUCGUCGUGCUGAGAAUAUAAUUGCAAAUGGUCCACCACCAUUAAAUAAUAAUCAAAAUCGUAAACCAGUUGAAGAAACUUCUCAACAUAAAUUGGGUUUGAAUGUGCAUGAUACUCCUGAAGUGGCUGCCGCAAAAUCUGCACACUAUGAAGCUGUCCGUAACGCUGAAGAAGCCACUGCUAUUGCAAACUCGACUGCCAAGUAUCCUGAAUCAUUUUCUGGUGCCCAAAACCAUCAACAUCAACAGCAACGCAUUCCUGCUGUAUACAGUCCUGCUCCAACGCCUUCACCAACUCGGCGACCUGCUUCGGUUCAAUACCAACAACCUCAAGCCCCAAUUGUUCAAACUACACAACAUAAACUCGGAGUAAAUGUACACGAAACACCUGAAGUAGCUGCAGCAAGAGCUGCUCAUUUCGAAGCACUACGACGUGCUGAGCAGGCUGCAGCCAUAUCCGGUCCAAUUGAAUAUCAAGACACAUACGUCAUGGUUCCAAGCUAUCAAAGUUUAGGUCCAAUUGUUCCAGCUGCACCAGUAGUUCGUGGACAUAAUGCUAUUGCUGGUCCUCGAUUUAUUGAAUCAAUGGGACACUACGGACAAAGAGCCCAUCAGGUUAUGUAUGUCCCACAGACAUAUGAUCAAAACAUCAACUAUCAGCCAUCGAAUGUCCAGAUGAUUCCAGUUGUAGCUGUACCUCAAACUAACCAACACAAACUUGGAGUUAAUGUUGAAGAUACCCCAGAAGUUGCUGCUGCUAAAAAAGCACACUUCGAAGCAUUCCGCCGAGCUGAAUUAGCUGCUGCUUCUGACGUAGGUCAAAGUGAAUACCCAGCCGCACAACGUAAUAGCUACUUCAGCAACCCAACAAGGCAGUAUGGUCAAAUUAACUAUUAAGUACCGAUAGAAGUUUUGCUUGAAAUGCAUCAUGUUCUUUAAAAAAAUAAAAAUUGUUAACAUUAAAA